CAGGUAGGUACAAGAAUGUGUUUUUAAGUCCCCUGGAUAUUGAUUGCCAGACCACAGACGAAACGGCCAGCCAGUACACGUUGCUUUACCCCGCAAAUUCCAACGACCGCGGGGCUUUAACUUCAUCAACAAAGCCACAACUGCUGCUGCUUGCGCUACAAGCCACCACAACUUAGCAAGAUGUCCGAAGAAGCAAAGCCCAUCCCCGCGACAGCCCCGCCAGCCGCUGCCCCAGCCGCUGAGGGCGCACCCGCCGAGGGCGGCGCCGAGCAGUCGAAGAAGGGAGCGAAGAAGGCCGAAGCCAAAGCCAAGAAGGAAGCUGAGAAGGCACGCAAGGCCGCUGAGCGCGAAGCUGCCGCUAAGGCGUCUGGCGCUGGCGCCGCGGCCGAGGAUCUUGCCAAAGACAACUAUGGCAACAUCUCGCCGACCUACAAGUCAGAGGCGAAGCGUGUGCGUCUUGAGGAGAUCACAGAGCAGGAUGUUGGCCAGCUCGUGAAGAUCAGGGGAACUCUACAAAACUCCCGCGCGCAAGGGGCGAAGAUUUUUUUCUUUCAAUUAGGUAAGGGAGUGGAGACUAUCCAGGGCGUGAUGGCUGUUAGCCAGGAAGGGAAGCCCAUCAGCAAGCAGAUGGUCAAGUGGAUGGGAACUGUGAAGCUCGAGUCAAUCAUUAUGGUGGAGGCGCUGGUGCAGAAGCCUUUGGAGCCAGUCAAGAGCUGCAGCAUUAGCGGCUUUGAGCUCCACGUCCAGAAGCUCUACAUCGUUGCUUCCGCCCCCGAGACUUUGGCAGUGUCUGUUGCAACAGCCAGCAGAGCUGUUGGAGGCGUGGACGAGGAGGAGGAGCUUAGCAAGGCUGCGGAAGGCCUCUCCGUCCAGGACAAGGACGCCGUUCCAGUUGCCCAUCUCAGCACACUCCUCGAUAACCCGGUCAUUAGAAAGCGUGCUCCAGUCGACCGUGCUAUCCAGGAUAUCCGAAAUGAAGUCCAGUAUCUCUUCAUCGAAUUCCUGCGUAGCAAGGGCUUCAAGAAGUUUGAAGCUCCAGGGCUGAUCGCCACGGCAUCUGAGGGAGGAGCGAACGUCUUCGAGCUCCCAUACUUCGGAAAGUCAGCUUUUUUGGCGCAGAGCCCGCAACAGAGCAAGCAGUGUGAAAUUGCUGGAGGCCGUGAGCGCGUCUUCUGUAUUGGUCCUGUCUACAGAGCAGAGAAUUCGAACACGCCACGCCACAUGACGGAGUUCACAGGCCUGGAUCUAGAGAUGGAGAUCGAGGAACACUACCACGAGGUCAUGCACAUGCUUGAAGGUGUACUACUAUACAUUUUCGCUGGGCUUGAGAAGAACUGCGCCAGAGAGAUCGAACUCGUCCGCUCCAUUUACCCGUCCGAGAAAUUCCUUCUCCCAGCAGACGGCAAGGAAGUGCGCCUGACCUUCGCCGAAGCCCAGAAGCUUCUCCGCGAAGAAGGACCCGAGGAGUUCCGCAACGUCAAGGAUGACGAGGAUAUGUCUACUCCCCAAGAGAAGGCCCUCGGUGCACUCGUCCGCAAGAAGUUCAACACCGACUUCUACGUGCUCGACAAGUUCCCACUUGUUGCACGGCCGUUCUAUGCCUUCCCCGACCCCGAGAACCCGGAGAUCAGCAACACCUACGAUUUUAUGAUGAGAGGACAGGAGAUUCUGUCUGGUGGCCAGCGUCUGCAUCUGCCGGAGGAGGUGGAGAAGGGGAUGCGGAACAAGGGCCUUGACCCCAAUAGCCCCGGUCUGAAGGCGUAUGUUGAUGUCUUUAGGGGUGCGGGUGUGCCUCCACACGGUGGCGGAGGCAUAGGCCUGGACAGAGUCGUUUCCUGGUACCUAGCGCUGCCGAGUGUGCAUUUGGCGUGUGCGUACCCAAGGACGCCCAAGAGAUUGGGCCCGUAGUUGGGUGGGAGUGUUGAAGGAGUAUGAUGGAUAGGGGUCGUGCACAGUAGUGAACUAAAGAAUAUGAUCUCCAUAGAUCUGUCAAGUAUAAAUUAUGAACGGGCGAUCUUAUGAUCAUCUAAUCACGUCAAGAUGAGAG